GGUAGAUGGGCAUUACAUUCCAUUCAGAGUACUUAUUAUAUCAUUUGUUUAUUUGCAGUAUCGAAAAUUUUGUGAUAGUAAGUAAGUUGAUUAUUGUUAAUGAUAUAUGCAUGCAGAUUCGCAAGUCACGUACAUCCACAAAUUAUAACCUAAGCUACUACACAACAGCUUGAUCCAUUCGGGUCGGAUCGGGUCGGGUCGGGUCAGAUUGCUUUUCCAAACUAGUUUUCAAGAGGUUAAAGAUCAAGGAUGUCUUCCAGCAACUCAAACCCACCAUGUGCGGCAUGCAAGUUCCUGAGAAGGAAAUGCCUGCCGGGGUGCGUCUUCUCGCCGUACUUCCCGCCGGAGGAGCCGCAGAAGUUCGUCAACGUCCACAAGAUCUUCGGCGCCAGCAACGUGAGCAAGCUGCUGAGCGAGAUCCAGCCUCACCAGAGAGAAGACGCCGUCAACUCCCUCGCCUACGAAGCCGAGGCGCGGCUGAAAGACCCCGUCUACGGCUGCGUAGGCGCCAUCUCCGUCCUCCAGACUCAAGUCCUCCGCCUCCAGAAGGAGCUCGAGGCCACCAACGCCGACCUCAUGCGCUUCGCCAGUGCCAACAACAACAAUAACAACAACAACGCUGCUGAAAUUAUGUCGACAUCCUCGUCCAGUGGGUAUUCACCUGUCGGGAAACCUGCAGCCGCCGCGGGUCAUAGUCUCAACGGGCAUCGUUCGCUGUCGUUCAACCUGCAGCGUAUGACGAUGGCCGGCGGGGGCCAUCCCCACAACAUGGCGAUGAUGAUGCAGCUGCAGCAGCAGAAUGGGAGGUCGAGGAUGACAGAAGGUGGUGAUUGUGGCGGAGGAGGGUUGCAGUUGCACAACUAUGCGCCAUCUCAGGGAAUGACGACGACGGAUUACUAUUAUUCUUCUGCGUGGUCUAACAGCUCUUCCGGCGGAGAGCAUAACUCCGACGGUGCCGAUAAUGGCGAUUGCUCCAUGUAGCUAGCUAGCUUUAAUUUGCGGGUUAUUACUUAUACUCCAGGCCAUACGUAUUAUACGAAUGAAGAAAUUGCUCCGAUCCAUAUAUGGAAACUACUAUAUAUACUUUUGUGCUUGUUUUAAUUUGGGCAGACAGAUCG